GAAAAAUUUUUAUUUCUCUUCUGGCUCGUGUUAGUUUUAUUAAAUUUAUAAAUUGUAAAUUUAUCGCUACAACAUCUUUAUACAGAUCAGAAACUCGGCUUUCCCGUCGUUCGGUUUCCAUCCAUCGCGUCCAUUUUACAAUCUUUCGGUCAAUAUUCGAAAUGAGCUCUGGCGACACCGGUAGGCCGCACCGCGACAAGCACCGCCCAACGGGGGUUACAGGGGUGUCGAGGAGGCCCCAAUGUUGUCGUAGUUGCGUCACGGCGCACGCGUCUCGCGACAUGUGAUCUGCGCGUUUUCGGGGAUGCCGAAGAGGGUAGCUACCCCCGGGAUGUCUGUAAAAUUUCCGAAAAUGCGCUAUCCCGGUGGAUGGUCCUCAGAAUAACGGGACGCUCGAGCCCCGAAACAAUCGCAAGACGUCGUUCAAGUGCCAUUACGCACAGACAUCCUUCUUUUUUUUAAUUUUUUUCCAUCUUCUGUGAGUGAGUAAACGAGCACUGGUGGUAUUCAUUCGUCGCUGGACAGGAAGCGGGAUAUGAGCUACACCGAACCGCUGUGGGAGAUUAAUGGAAAUCAAGCACCAGUAAUCACGGCGGAGAUGUCGCAGUACGUUGGCGGUGAAAUCGCUAGCUAUCCGAUGUGGGAUAGUUCCGUCUUGUAUCAAACGCAGCCGCCUGCUCAUCCGCACGUGAAUGAACACGGAUUGUACAGGCAACCCUGUGCGUUGUUGCACCAGAGUCGUUAUACACCGAACGGUCGUUCGCCGAACUUACCGUCGUCAACGACGAAGAAACCGAGACGUCGAGUGGCAACAGUAUCUCAGAGGAGAGCUGCAAAUAUUCGGGAGAGGCGCAGGAUGUUCAAUCUAAACGAGGCCUUCGACAAACUCCGCAGGAAAGUACCGACAUUCGCUUACGAGAAACGGCUUUCGAGAAUCGAGACGUUGCGCCUGGCAAUCACAUACAUCGCCUUUAUGGGGGAGCUGCUCGGUAUCGAGCCGAGUAGUCCGAAACCGGAAUACAUACCACGAGAAUACUAUUUGCCGAAUUGAAUCUUCUCUCCUCUGUUUCCAUGAUGAACGAGACUAGUUCGUUAACCGAUGCGAGCUAACAUUCUAUCGACGAAAAUUUAUUAUUAUUUAUAAUCGGCGAAACCAGUCUUCCAUUAUUUUAUAUAUAUAAAAUUAAUAUUAUAAUAUUAAAUCUUUAGAUGUAAUUUAAUCAUGAUACUCGUACAUUUUUAAUAUUUCUUUUUAUAAUGUUAUUCGGCAUUUUUUUUUAUUUUGGUCUAUUAAUCUUUUCGAUAGUAUUCUUUCUUCAACAUUGUUUAUAAAUAAUCGCGUGUCUAUAAAAAAUCUAAAAAUAAUAUUAAAAGAGGAACUUUCAAAUCAAGAGGAUAUUUUAAGUCUCGAAAUAUUCAUUCUGGUAUCGAAAAGAUUAAAAUUUUCGUUAACUAGAC